AUGACGAUGAGUUUGGACGCUGCACUGCAGUACUUCACCUCCACGCAUGUGGACGAGACACAGAUCGCUGCGCAAUCGGAAUCCGAAAUCAAGCCAGUAGUGUUACUCUCCAUUCCUUCGACGGCUGGAUACACCCAAAAGCGUGAGCUUCAGAAUCUCAUUGUUCCGCUCGCCUUCCUUUUUCGCGGUCAAGAAUCACUGUUUUGCGGACGUGAUGACAUCUCGCUGGUAAAGUUAUUUUCAAAGGAGGUGGAGACACCAAACGUUAAAGUCUUUAAAAAUGGCGCUAAGGUUGCAACAGUCACAACGGAUGGUGAAUUAAAAGACCACAUUAGUACGCUUGUUGAGCAUAUAGGAUGGAGCCCAGAUUGUCCAGACUUGACCCACUUGGACAAUUAUCUGGCUCCAAUCGAUAGUGAUACGCUACUGAGUGACGUGACAGCUUUUACUGUCGCCACCGGCCAGCGCGACUAUGUGGCAAACGCUGCCAAUGUGUCGUCUAUUAUCUGGCAUGCUUUUCUUCAAGCCAAUCGUUCUAUCAAUUGGGUAGGCUUUUACUUUGUUCGACCGCUUACUAACCCUAAAGCCACAGAUCAUGACCAUAUUCUGCUUCUUGGUCCAUUUAUGGGCAAGCCUGCGUGCAGUCGAAUUCGCUACCAAAAUGGCGUUUGUGGUGCUUCGUGGAGAACGAAAUCAGUCCAGCGUGUUGCUAAUGUACACGAAUAUCCUGGCCAUAUUGCAUGCGACGAUGCAUCCAAGUCAGAGCUUGUGACUCCUGUACUCAACAAGCAGGGUGAGGUCGUUGCACUCAUUGAUCUUGACUGUCCACGAAAAAAUGGAUUCUCUGUUGACGACGAACGCACCAUUGUCCAAGUGGCAAGAAUUAUAUCUGAAGCUUGUGACUGGGCAAACGUUGGCAUGCCAUAUACGCAACCGUGA